AUGGCGAGCCGGGCGGUGGUGAGAACCGGGCACAGCCCUCAACGUUUCCUAGUCCGGGCCGCGGUCGCCGCCCCCGCCCGGGCCGCGCUCCCCCUCUCCCGCUCCCACCCCCUCCCUCUUCGCUCCAACUCCUCCUCCACCUCCUUCCCCAGGCCUCUGUUCCUCCUCCUCGUACUUAUCCUGCUCCUGCUGCUCGAGGACGCCGGAGCCCAGCAAGGUGAUGGAUGUGGACAUACUGUACUAGGUCCUGAAAGUGGAACCCUGACGUCUAUAAACUACCCACACACCUAUCCUAACAGCACUGUUUGCGAAUGGGAGAUUCGUGUAAAGACGGGAGAGAGAGUGCGCAUCAAAUUUGGUGACUUUGACAUCGAAGAUUCUGAUUCUUGCCACUUUAAUUACUUGAGAAUUUACAAUGGAAUUGGAGUUAGUAGAACCGAAAUAGGCAAAUACUGUGGUCUGGGGUUGCAAAUGAACCAUUCAAUUGAAUCAAAAAGCAAUGAAAUCACAGUGCAGUUCAUGAGUGGAAUUCACGUUUCUGGACGAGGAUUUUUGGCUUCAUACUCAAUUAUAGAAAAGCAAGAUCUAAUUACUUGUUUAGACACUGCAUCCAGUUUUUUGGAACCUGAGUUCAGCAAGUAUUGCCCAGCUGGUUGUCUGCUCCCGUUUGCUGAGGUGUCAGGAGCCAUCCCUCAUGGAUACAGAGAUUCCUCCCCGUUGUGCAUGGCCGGUGUGCAUGCAGGCGUCGUGUCGAACACUUUGGGCGGCCAGAUCAGCGUCGUAAUCAGUAAGGGCAUCCCGUACUAUGAAAGCUCCCUGGCUAACAACGUAACGUCCGUGGUGGGACACUUAUCUACAAGUCUUUUUACAUUUAAGACAAGUGGUUGUUAUGGAACACUGGGCAUGGAAUCUGGCGUGAUCGCUGAUGCUCAGAUAACAGCAUCCUCUGUGCUGGAGUGGACGGACCACACAGGACACGAGAACAGCUGGAAACCCGAAAAGGCCAGGCUGAAAAAACCGGGACCUCCCUGGGCUGCUUUUGCCACUGAUGAGUAUCAGUGGUUGCAAGUAGAUCUGAAUAAGGAAAAGAAGAUCACAGGCAUUGUGACUACUGGCUCCACCAUGGUGGAGCACAAUUACUACGUGUCGGCCUACAAGAUUUUAUACAGUGCUGAUGGGCAGAGGUGGACUGUGUACAGAGAGCCCGGUGUGGACCAGGAUAAGAUAUUUCAAGGAAACAAAGAUUAUCACCAGGAUGUGCGUAAUAACUUUUUGCCACCAAUUAUUGCACGUUUUAUUAGAGUGAAUCCUACCCAAUGGCAGCAGAAAAUUGCCAUGAAAAUGGAACUGCUUGGAUGUCAGUUUAUUCCUAAAGGUCGUCCUCCAAAACUUACUCAACCUCCACCUCCUCGGAGCAGCAAUGACCUCAGAAAUACUACAACCCCUCCAAAAAUAGCCAAAGGUCGUGCCCCCAAAUUUACUCAACCACUACAACCUCGAAGUAGCAAUGAAUUUCCUUCACAGACAGAGCAGACAACUGCCACUCCUGAAAUCAAAAAUACUACCGUAACUCCAAAUGUGACCAAAGAUGUGGCCUUGGCCGCGGUCCUCGUCCCCGUGCUGGUCAUGCUGCUCACGACUCUGAUCCUCAUACUAGUGUGUGCUUGGCAUUGGAGAAACAGAAAGAAAAAAACGAAAGGCACCUAUGACUUGCCAUACUGGGACCGGGCAGGCUGGUGGAAAGGAAUGAAGCAGUUUCUCCCUGCCAAGUCCGCGGAGCACGAGGAAACCCCAGUUCGCUACAGCAGCAGUGAGGUGAACCACCUGAGUCCGAGAGAAGUAACCGCCGUGCUGCAGGCUGACUCUGCAGAGUAUGCACAGCCACUUGUGGGAGGAAUUGUGGGCCCCCUCCAUCAGAGGUCUACCUUUAAACCCGAAGAAGGAAAAGAAGCAGGGUCUGCUGGCCUCGAUCCUUACAGCUCCCCAGUGCCAGAAGUGUACCACGCCUAUGCAGAGCCGCUGCCAGUGACUGGGCCUGAGUACGCAACCCCGAUCGUCAUGGACAUGUCCGGGCACCCCUCGGCUGCAGCUGGCCUGCCCUCAACUUCCACUUUCAAAGUUGCAGGGAACCAACCGCCCCCCUCAGUGGGAACAUACAACACUCUCCUCUCCAGGACCGACAGCUGCUCCUCGGCACAGGCCCAGUAUGAUACCCCGAAAGGCGGGAAGCCGGGCCCGAGCACCCCGGACGAGCUGGUGUACCAGGUGCCGCAGAGCACACAGGAGGUGUCAGAAGCAGGGAGGGAGGGUGGGUGUGAUGUUUUUAAAGAAGUCCUUUGA